AUGUUGCGGUUGUGCUUCGUCGCCCGGGCGGCGGCAGCGUCGUCGUCGUCGUCGUCGUCGUCGUCGUCGUCACGGGAUGACGUGGGCGGUGGUGGUGAGGGGCGGAAGCGGCAGCACGAGGCGUUCAUGCGCUUCUUGACGGCGAACAAGGCCAGCUUUGACGGGGUGGACGUGCGGCCGAGCGUGGAGCACAGCCGCGGGCUCUUUGCCACGCGGCCGUUUCGGGAGGGCACGACGGUGCUGUCGGUGCCGAUGCACACGUUGGCCCUCAGCGCGGAGCGGCUGCUGGCGGGAGAGCGUCUCCGCGCCCUGCAGCCCCCCUCGUUGGAGGACGUCCAGCGUCUCCUGACCGCGCGCAGCAUCAAGGACCCCGUCCUGGGCGAGCAGGUGCACCUGGCGCUCCUCGUUGCGGGCGAGCGCAUGGACCCGGGCUCGUUCUUCGCCCCCUACCUCGACGCCCUGCCGUGCCCCGCCGUCAACGACGAGGCGGUGAUGCGGCUGCACAAGGACGUGCUGGACCCCAUGCAGCUGCUGGAGUGGGACGACCACCAGCGGGAGUGGGUCGGCGUCUUCCGGGCACUGGCGCGCCGCUGGGGGGAGAAGAGCCCGCCCGUUGAAGUCUGCUACUGGGCGUGGCGGACGGUGCUGAGCCGCAUGCACCUGCUGCCGGACCGCGGCCUGGCUCCCGCGGAGGUGGGCUCCGCGCUGAACUACUUCGCACUCUCCACCUUUGAGCGGGCGGAGCGGCAGACGCGGUGGCGAAAGCGCAUUAGGGCCGCCAUCGGCGCCGUACUCGGCGACGCCAACGCCGCGGACGACUACCGCCUCGUCCCAACGCUCGUGCCGCUGCUGGACAUGACAAACCACUUGUCUUCGGGAAACGUGAGUGUGGAGGUGCAGCCGCGGCCGGAGGUCGGGAGCUGCGCGGAGUUGCAGGCCGUGCGGGCAAUUGAGGCUGGGGAGGAGAUUGGCCUGUGCUUCAACCGAUCGCACGGGGCGCCCUUCACGCUCUAUCGCUUUGGGUUUCUUCCCGUAUGA